CUGACUGUAGGCAGCCAACAGGCUUGGCUACAAAUCAAUCGUGGAUCACCAACAAACCCUUUCGUUUUUUUUCCUUUCACUUUUUUACCUUGUCCUUUCUCUCAGACUCGAUUUCGCGUCCUUGCCUUCAGUUCCGGCGUUACUUUCUCGUAUUUUUUUUCUCGUAUUUUGAACCACACAUUCUUUACCGACAUUUCUGCAAAAAGGUCCACCAUGGCUUCCUUUGCAUCGCUUCCUGCGGGACGACUUUUCUCGACGGCCAUCCUGGCCUUCCUCUCCUUCUCCACUCUCGCCAGUGCCCAGGUCCUCGCGCGCGCCCAGGCCGACGCGCUCGUCACACCCGUCGCGGAGCUGGUUCCCCGAGCCACAGACAGCGCCAUUAUUACCAGCGCGAGCACUCGGGCCAGAGGCGGCGACUGCGCUGCUUCCCUCUCAGAAUUCGCCUCUUGCGUCAUCAGCGACUACGCGAGUGACGAUCCAUGCAUGGCCACGACUCGCAGUGUCGCCGGCUUUGAUUCUACUUGCGGGUGCAGCCAAGCUACGUCCGUGUUCAGCUGCUUCACGAAAUUCUGCACCACGGGCACCGAUUUCCCCACCUACUACGCCCCCGUCAGCGCAUGCGCGGCGGGUGGCUUCGGGGCGGUUCCGGCAGCGCUGACGGGCGCGGCAGCAAGCAUUGUGUCGACUUCGAAGCUCUUCCCGACUUCGCCCAAUUCGCUGGCCAAGCAGAACGCAGCGCCGCCCACCGCCGUGGGACCCAGUGAGGCUGGCAUCUGGUCCCUAUGGGUUGGGCUAGGUCUGGCAUCCUUUGUGGCUAUGCUUGUGUGAGGCACGAACGUCCAGGCGUCGAGAUACGAAAGGAAACGCUUCGUCGGCUGUCUGUGGCUGUCGACCUGUGUGGUGUCUGGCUUAUUUUGGUGUUGAUGGAAGAAUGCUACGAUAAAACGAUUAAAAGCGGGAUAGGUGCAAAGCGCGAGGGGUAAAAAUGCAUGCAUAUUAAGAAUUAAGGAGGCUUGUUUCACGUCUGCUUAUUGGAACGCGUUGGAAUCAUGCCUUAACCCACGGUUUACAUAUUCUGAUAGCCGGAUCUGAAUGGACCUCAACCCCACCCCCUUCUUCCAUUGCUGUGCAGCUUCGUUGAUAGUCGGAUCUGAAUGGACCUCAACCCCAUCCCAUUCUUCUAUUGCUGUGCACCUUCGUUUAUAGUCGGACCUGAAUGGACCUCAACCC